CUUCAUCAGAGCGGCCCAGAACAGACAGGGGUCAAUGGGGACAUGUAGAGGGAGGGGGGCUGGUCACACAUUGUGGGGAAGGGACUGCUGAGAAGAACGGAGAGGCUUAGGGGAGGAACUUGGGAUGACUUUUAACUCCACAGAAGGGUUACUUGACUCCUGCAUUGCAAUUCUUUUCUUUAGAUGAAGUAGAUAAAGCUCAGACCCGUGGACCUCAUCUUCCCAUAGGGCAGGCUUCAGUUAGACUGAGAAGAUCUCCGGCUGUGACGGGUGACUCUGCUUUCAUGCCGAGGAUCAAGAGUAGAAGGAGUAACCUCUAGAUGACAGACUUCUGUAGAAUCCUUAUCCUCUGGUCUCGCACCUGCACCUUCUGCUGUCUCGAUUCCCCAGGCAGGAUAUAAAUUCUGUGCUUUCUUCGUGCCUGUUAAUUUCCACUACAUCCUUGUCCUCAGCACAGGAUUCGGGCAUCAACAUGAAUUGUAUCCUAUUAAGCUUGCUGAUGGUGACUGGUGAGUGACUCAAGGUGUUGUUUCAUAUGUUGGUGAAGACAUGGAAAGGUUAAAUCAUCUUCACUACCUAUUUUACCUGAAUUCCAAUUAUCAGUCCUGUGUGGGGACUUUGAUUGCCCCUCAGUGGGUAUUGACAGCGGCACACUGCUUCUUACCAGAUCUUCAGAUCAUCUUUUAUGGCAGUUCCACAAAUAUUCAAGACUUUACUGGGGAGUUUGUACCUUAUGACAGGAUCAUUAUUCACCCAAACUUUACCGUUACCUCUCCGAAAGAUGACCUCAUGCUGAUAAAGCUACCUCUACCUUUUACCUUCUCCACCAUGAUUUUUCAGUUGCCUACUCGCAAGAAUGCAAUUAAAGAUUGUUUGAUUCACACUUGGUUAGACAACAAAAACUUUAUUGGAAAUUCAAAGCAUAAGCUGCAAAGAGUCAAGAUUCAACUGAGCUCUAAUAAAAACUGCAAAAAAUUACUGGGUGAAAAACUCCUUGAAAACAUGUUCUGCAUAGGACCCAUGCUAGGAACCCAAGAGCCCUGCCAGGUGGUCACAGCGGCACCAGCCAUCUGUGGCAGUGAAUUACAAGGAAUUUUGUCUUGGGAAACUGGAUGUAUUCUAACGGGAUAUGCUGUUGUCUUCACUGACCUACACAACUACGUUCCAUGGAUCAAGAACAUUAUGUCUACAAAAUAAGCUGAUAUAGAGCUCCACUGACACCCUUACCUCCCAGCUGAUCCACAGCAACCACAUUCUGUAUCUCAGUCCCAGUCUCUCCUAGGGUCUAGGCUUGAUUGGAGUUCCAAAAGAGAUCGUUGAUGACUCUUGGGUAUUGGCAUGACUCUAAUCUCUUUAACUGCUUCUUUGCUUAUUCCUAACUCAUGACUAAAUGUUUAUAACAUGGAAAACUCAAGUGCUGGUCUCAGGAAGUAGAAUUCCUCCAGGAAUCUUUUUGGAUUCUACCAACUCAGAUAUUUCCAUUAAAAUACUCUCUGCCUUAUCUUAAGAACACAAAAAACAAGUGGAAUGAGGGAUAAUAGCUACCAGGAGUCGAUUUGGGGAAAGUGUAAUCAUAUAGCUGAGCAAUUGCCAAAAGUUGGUCAGAUAAUUAGCAAUUUUUCUAAUGACAAAGUGUCUCCUAUGUAAGUAUGUGUGUGUGUUUGUGUGUGUGUGUGUAUGGGUGGUUGUAGUUAGUUCCCAUUAGUUACUUAAAGGAUCUAUAGAAUUGCUUAGGUUUACUGAGACCACCCAAAGGUCAUUGUAAUAUUUGGGUUAAAUAAGGAUUUCUGUAUUUUGAACAAAAGCUCCAAUGCAUAUUCAUAAGAAUUUUUUUUCCCAAUACAUUUUCGUUCUGGUUUACUGCUUUUUACUUAAAAUCACACAUACUUGCUUAGAGGGGUACAAAGUGGUGGAGUUCAUGAGGAUCCUGCCAUUCGUACAUGCCUCUGAAUACACAUUCUGUACAGUGCACACACUUAUGAGCGCACACUUUCAUCCACAAGCAUACUCACAAGACGCUUGUCAUUCCAAAAAUCUGUUUUCCAUAUGCUGUUUUUCAUUAAUCUGUGAGAGAUUAAACUGAUUUUAAACUAAAGCCUAUCCAUUUUCAUAUAAAAUAUUCAACAUCCAAGAAAUUUAUCUCUGAAAUGUGAAAUGCAUUUUUGUUUUACCUUUUACCCCAUGCUAUGAAAUACUGGGAUUUAUGAUAAUUCAAAUCGCUACCCAGUUGAUUAAGUCACCUGUGUUUACAGGGUCACAAAACCAAAACAUUUUUCUUUUCAAGAUUCUCAUGGGGCUCAGAGAUAAUGUGGGAAGUGCGUCGUAUGCAGAGGAACAGUGUAGGAAUUAGCAGCCAUUACUAAUUUUGACCGUUUCCACCUCUUUCGCCCUUUUAUUGCCUAGUUAA